GCGCAUGCGGCUUUUGGCAAUAUGGCGGCCAAAGUGGAACUGUUUUGCUUGGAGACGUUCCCCUCUCAACUAAACCCUCUGAACGUCGUUGUUUCUAAAUAUCAGUUUAGUAAUUUAUUUCCGAACAGUAGUGAGUACAGGUGUGUGCUUUUGUUGUCUACCCGGAGACGACAGUCUAGUGCGAAGUUGGAUAUGUUACUUUGUGCCCAUUUGUCGACCGAAGAAGAAACAACUGAGUGCGGACCAGUCCAAAGCUGCAAUGCGCCUUUGAAACUGUUCACAAGCAAGACUUUCCACCGACAUUAUAGCAUUCAAAUGGGCACAGAGGGCACCGUGCGUUUAAUAUCACCUAUAGGUCUGAGUAAAAUUGUGAUAGGUGCACGGAGCAGGCAGAGCUUCAAGUGGGCAAGUUCGGAUAAGUUCUCUAAUGGGCUGCUCAUACUGGCGUCUUGUCAAAAGCAAACUCUUGUUGCCAGGCAAGGCGACGUACUGCUAUUGCCCUACCAUCCGCUUUUCGGGGAUGAUAUUGCACAAGUGCACCAGCAUCUGUUUGACUUGGUUGUGUUGGAAUGCACACCUGUGACACAAGGGGUCAUUACGGUCAAUACGAGUGUGACGGUCACGGAUUGCAGGGAGCUGGCGCAGAACCAUGGCGCGAUGGAGUUGUCAAACAAUGCAUAUACCGCUAGAACUUUAACUUCAUUGUACGCUUCAGAUUUUGCGCACUACGCAGAUAGUCUGGGCGGCAGAUCUUUGUUAGACAACAAGCAAUUGGUGAAUUCGGGUUUCACUGCCUUCCUUCAGGCAUUGGAGUGCAGGCUUGAUGUUAGAGUUGUUGACGUCGCCAGCCUGAUAAGGCAAGGGAGGAUUAAACCAAAGGAAGAACAUGAAGCGGGGAUAGACGUGGAUGGAUCCGUUUUUGUAAGUAAGCAUUUACUUCUUAAACUCGGGCUGUUCAACCAAGAAUGGGUUGUACUGUCGGCGAUAGGCGUCGCCUCGGACAAAACGAAAACCUCUGCAAGAGGAGAGCACUCGCCGUUUCCCGGGAGGGCUGGCGAUCCAGCCUCUGGUAAGGAUGCAUCUAAGAGCAGAGGAUGCGUCCACCUCGCUUCAGUCGUCGUGGUCGAUUUUGUGAAGUCUCCCGAUUUGGAUCUGCAAGACAACAUGGGGUUCGUUUCCCCGGCUCUGUGGUUCAGCCUGUCGAAUGGAGACAUAGUGCCCGUUGCCAACAGAGUGAUGAAAAUAAAGAGGUGCAAUGUCCCACAGCCUCACCCUGGCAUACAGCUGUCAGAGAGCUGGUCCCGCACAGCGUCGCCACCGUUUGCCAAAGAGCUCCACAUCCAAACUAUUAUAUCUCCGGACUACAGUUCCCAUGGGGCCUUUGACAGCAUCCUGUCUGAGCACUUCAGCACACCCAGGCUGGUGCAGCAGGGGGAUGUGUUGGCCGUUCCCACAGAGGGUCGUGCUGAGUUUUUGGAGAAUAACUCGGACGGAUUCUUGAGGUGGCCAGUUCUGUAUUUUAAGGUCAAGAAUGUCUGUGGCACCGCUGGAGAGAAUGGAGGCAUCAGUCCAUCAGGGUUUUUGGCAGAUACAGUCCAUACCUCUUUGUACAUGGGUGGCUCCAUGAACAGCUUUGUCCCAUAUUCUUGUUUGGGUGACACGCCAUCAUUUUGGACCAGCCUGUCUCCCCCUGGACUCUCAAAUACAGUAGAGCAACUCGUCACUGUCAUCCAGCCUUACGUGAAUGGAGGCUUUGCUGUGCUGAUGGGCGUGUGCACUGUUCUGCUGUCGGGACCAAGCGGAAGUGGCAAAGUCACAACUGUCAGGGCAGCGUGCAGGAGAUUAAAUCUGCACUUUCUGAAGGUGGACUGCGUCACCCUCUGCGCAGACACGCCUGCGGCCUGCGAAGCGAGGAUGCAGACUGCCUUUUCCCAGGCUGGGCUGCACCAUCCCUGCAUCCUGUUGCUAAGCAACCUGCACCUACUGGGGCAACAGCACGAUGGAGCCAGCCAGGAGCCCAGGGUGCUGUCUGCUCUCUGCCGGUUCAUCGCCGGCCUCCCAGCCAGUGUCGUUGUGGUUGGCACGGUGUGCAACGCGCACAAGCUGUCGCCGGAUGUGACGGCAGCGUUCGUCCACCAGGUGGAACUGGAGAGCCACACGGAGGAGCAGAGGCGUGCCAUGCUGGUCAGCCUGAGCGCAGGGAUGCCCCUGGGGAAGGAUGUUAACCUGGGGAAGAUGGCCAAGCAGACAGCGGGGUUUCUGUUGGGUGACUUCUGUGCGUUGAUGACGUGCGCCGGUAAAGCUGCCCACCGAAGGCUUUUAAAUUCUUGUUUCCCGGGAGGGGCGAGUCCCCAGGACGAGCGAGACCUGAGAGCCUCAGGAGUGUCCAUUCUGGCGGAGGACUUCGCCAGCGCUGUGGAGCAGCUGCAGAAGGCCCACUCCCAGGCUAUUGGAGCACCCAAGAUUCCCACAGUUAAGUGGCAGGACGUGGGCGGCCUGCAGCAUGUGAAGAAGGAGAUCCUAGACACGAUCCAGCUUCCCCUGGAGCACCCAGAGCUGGUGUCCCUGGGGCUCCGGCGCUUUGGCCUGCUGCUCUACGGCCCCCCCGGGACUGGAAAGACCCUUUUAGCUAAGGCUGUGGCCACUGAAUGUGCCAUGACUUUCCUCAGUGUAAAAGGACCAGAACUCAUCAACAUGUAUGUGGGACAAAGUGAGGAAAAUGUCAGAGAGGUGUUCUCCAAAGCUCGAGCCGCGUCCCCUUGUAUAAUCUUCUUUGAUGAGCUGGACUCCCUGGCCCCCAACAGAGGCCGCAGUGGGGACUCGGGGGGAGUGAUGGACCGGGUGGUGUCACAGCUCCUUGCUGAACUGGAUGGGCUGCACUCAACAGGGGAUGUGUUUGUGAUUGGAGCAACCAACCGCCCAGACCUGCUUGACCAAUCACUGCUCAGGCCUGGCAGGUUUGACAAGCUGGUCUAUGUUGGGAUCAGUGAAGACAAGGAGUCUCAGCUUCACGUCCUAAAGGCCAUUGUCAGAAACUUCAAGGUGGACCCAAGCGUAAGCCUCCCCAACAUUGCCGAACGCUGUCCCCCUCAGUUGACGGGGGCUGACAUGUACGCCCUGUGCUCUGAUGCCAUGACAUCGGCCAUCAAGCGGAAAAUCGCCCUCGUCACCGAAGGUUUGGAUACAGAGGAUUCCCCUCUCACACUGUCAGCAGAGGACUUUGGGCAGGCGCUUGAGAGACUGCGGCCAUCCGUGUCGGACCAAGACCUUGUGAAGUACAAACUCAUCCAGCAAAAAUUCACCGCAAAGUAGCAACACCCAUAGUGGUGCUGGGGUCAAAACACAUCCUUUUACUAAGAUGGCCAAGCGCGGGCCAGUCUACAGUGCAUCCUCAUGCACUAGUUUCACCAGAGUCAGAAUCUCUGGCCAAUUCUAUAAACCAAGACUGUUGGCUCUGACAAUAUCUGGCCCCCUGUGCGUUUUGUUUUCCUUUGUUAUAUUUUGGGGGCUCAGUAGAAACAGAAACUGAAAUUAAUCCUGGAGGGCGUCAGUGGUAAGCAUUCCUAAUUUUUCUGAAAAGUACCAUGUGCAAUACAAGCAAAAAAGGUAUUUCACACCCAUGAGGUACAACAAAAACGGCAUCUUUUACUCAACAGAAAAAAAGUGAUAUUCAUAAAUGUGAAGGUCACUGGUGUCUGCCGUUGUAUACCCUGCCCCAGACAGAAGAUCAUAUAUAAGAAAAUCAAAUGAAUUACAAAACAGUGAAUAGAAAAAAAAAAUCUUAUCCCUAAACCUGUUGACAUAUUCACCAGAUAUAUACAAACAGAUCUCAACCUUAAAAAAAUGAACACAUUGACUGAUCUUUAAACAAUUAUUCCAUAUGAGCUAUUUUAUCUGUGAUAUUUUUGGAAAACUGUUAACUGUGUCAGACCUACUCAGAUUUUAGAAAAAUGAAGUUUGUCCACAAACGACUGGUAAUUUACGAGAACAGCUGCUAAACUGAUGUGCCACAUGUGCUAUGCAGUUAUAUUACAUGGAAAUAUUAAUGCGUAAUAUGAAGAAAAAAUGGCUACUAUUUAAUGUCUAUCAUUACACAACAGUACAUUGGGAUUUAGUGAAUAUAUUUUUCAGCUGUGAGCUCUGAUCUUUAAAAGAAGGAGUAACUAGCACUUUGGAUUAACACUCACUGCGUUGGUACAAGAGACGGUAAAUGGACUUGACUUAAGGCAGAUUUCAAGGAAUUUCAAUCAGAUUGUCAGGUAAAAACACUAAAACCCUAUUUCUAUUUAGGAUAAUUUUUGGAUGCAGAGAUUUUUUGUUUAAUUUUUUUUUAUAUCUUUUUCAGCCUACCAUAAAGGAAACUUAUUUCUGAGUCAUGCUCAGUGAUAC